UUCCAUCUUUUCUUUUCCCUCCAACAAAUCGAGCCAAAAAAAAUCGGAAGAAACUGAAAAUCUGCAAUGGCGUCCGCCUCUGCUCCGCGCAACGGUGUACAGGGAAGAAUUGCGUCGGCGGCUACAACGCUUGCCGCCGAGAACCAGACUCUUAUUGCUGAGAUUAGAAGGGCUACAGUUAUGAUGAAAGAAGUUGGAGUCGAUUUCGAGAAGGACAACGAAUUUGACAUGCCAUCAUAUGUUUUGUUUGGAAGAAGAAACCAUCAUAUGUUGGUAAGUAUAUUAUGUGAUUCAAAUUAUCAAAUAGUAUGUAUUGUCAAUUUGGCACUGCAGGUGAAGCAGCUUGAAGAUGGAGUUGUUAACUUAGUGAAAGCUGCAGAUGAGUGUACUCAUCUUUCGAGCAGUAUCCAAUCUAUAGGAAAAGAUUACCAGCCUGCAGCUGAGCUAACUAACUUCAGUAAGCUCUUCGAUAAGAAAAUCAAAAGAUCAAAGGCUGAUGUGUCAUCUGUCUCACAGAGCCAGUUAUGGUUACGACAGUUCCGUGAAGCUAUCUGGAAAGUUCAUCACGAAGGACAACCUAUGCCAGGUGAAGAGCAAGAGGACAUAAUAAUGACCAGCACGGAGUGCACUAUUUUAAAUGCCACCUGUCCACUGACAGGAAAACCUAUCACUGAACUAGCGGAACCUGUUAGAAGCAUGGAUUGCAAGCACAUAUAUGAGAAGAAGGCUAUCAUGCAACAUUUAAGGACGAGAACCGCACAGAUCCGUUGCCCGGUGACAGGUUGCCCGAAAAAAUUGGUGGUAGACAGAGUGGAUUGCGACCCCUUUUUACUAAUGGAAAUUGAUGAAAUGCGAUCACUUAAUGCACAACGUGCCACAGCUGGUGUGAUCGAAGAUUUCACUCAGCUGGAACAAGAUUAAUCUGUUAAAAGUUUGCAUCACCGUUUUGAGACGUUGAGACAUCAUCAAUCCACAAUGAUUUCUCCCCAUCUUGCCUUCUACUGCUAACGUAGUAUUCACAAUAACAUGUUAAAUGUUCCAAUAGGUCAAGAUGAUAUCUAAAUCAAAUGAAUUAGUAGAAGCAUGAUUCUGUUUUGUUGGAAUUUAUUUGUAAAUUUUUGUGCUUUAUUAAAGUAUCUUACCAUCUGAAGAUGCAACAAUAUAAUGAUUAA